AUGGCGAAGGGCUUGUGGCGAGGGUUCGCAGAGGCCAGCCAACAGGUGGCUUGGCGCGCCAGGAACCCUCGUGAUGAGUCGACACGGGGCAGCGGAUAUCCGAAGGGUUGCGCCCUUUGCUGCCCCCCCCAGGCGGAGCCAGCUCGGGAACAUGUCGCCUACAUGGCGCGUGUCAGGAAUGGCCUUGCCUCUGGCGCGUCUCGCCCUCGGCGGAAGCCGGCGGAAUUCGGGGGGAAGUGGGCGGAAGUAAAACGGCGGCGGCUCCGCCAGCGGCGGAGGGCGGCGGAAGGAAGUGCGAGACACCAGCAGUUCUGGACCUAG